GAGAGAGAGAGAGAGAGAAAGCGUGUAGGUUUUCGUGGCCGCAUGAGGAAGAUUCGGAGGCGUCAUCUCACGAUCGAUCGUUCAGGAAUGGAAAGAUCGAGAUAAUAACGAAGGAGGGCGGAGGUGGAGGUGGAGGUGGUUGUGGAGGCCCCCAGGAUGCGGCACCUGCUACUGUUCCUCGUCCUGGGAGCGACUCUCGCCCCGGGCACGCGUUCCGAGCUCGUAAGAUACUUGGAGGUCUCGGAGAACGCUCGACCGGGUACCAGGGUGGGUUUCAUCGACGCCGACAGUCCGCCGUACUUGAUCGUGUCGGUUUCCGGAUCCGCGGUCGAUUCGGACUUGAUAGUGGAUCACGCGACAGGCGAGAUAAGGACAAAAGUGGCGUUGGAUCGGGAGACGAGGCCGUCCUAUAGUUUGGUAGCGUUGCCGCAGAACAUUCAAGUGGUGGUGAAGGUUCUCGACGAGAACGAUAACGCGCCAACGUUUCCUGUGGACCACGUGGAUAUCGAAUUUCCGGAGAAUUCUCCUCGGGACGCGAAACGAGCUCUGCCACCGGCCAAGGAUCCCGAUCUCGGCCAAUACUCGACCCAACGAUACGAGAUCGUGUCCGGGAAUCACGAGGACGCGUUCAGAUUGUCCCAGCAUCGUGGCCGCGACGGUGUCCUUUAUCUGGAUCUGCAGAAUUCUGGCUCGCUCGAUCGCGAGGCUCGGUCUCGGUAUCAUCUGGUGAUAGAGGCGUUGGACGGUGGUGCUCCACCGCUUCGGUCCAGACUCCACGUGAACGUGACGGUACAAGAUGUGAACGACAAUCCGCCGAUCUUCAAUCAAACCAGAUACGUGGCGAGCGUUCCGGAGAAUGCGACCGUCGGGACGCCUGUGCUCGCAGUGAACGCGACGGACAGUGACGCAGGUGAGAACGGGCGCAUAGAAUACUCGAUCAAUCGGCGACAAUCGGAUCGCGAGGAGAUGUUUCGUAUCGAUCCGGAAACGGGAAUGGUGUACGUGAACAAAGCGUUGGACUUCGAGUCGAAGGAGAGGCAUGAGUUGGUGAUCGUUGCGCGGGAUCGUGGUGCCCAACCUCUGGAGGCGAGCGCGUUCCUCUCGGUCCGCGUAACCGAUGUGAACGACAAUCAACCCGCGAUCACCGUUAUUUUUCUCUCGGAUGACGCGACCCCCAAGAUAAGCGAGAGCGCUCAACCGGGGGAAUUCGUCGCUAGAAUAUCGGUAAGCGAUCCGGACUCGAGGACCGAGUACUCGAACGCUACCGUCACGUUGUCCGGCGGCGAAGGACAUUUUGGCUUGGCUACCAGGGACAACAUAAUAUAUUUGGUGGUGGUGGAGAGGCCGCUCGAUCGCGAGGAAAAGCCCGUCUACGAUCUUUCGGUGGAGGCGACAGACGCCGGUACGCCACCUUUGAGAGCCGUUCGAACCUUUCGUCUGAUCGUCACCGAUGUGAACGACAACGCCCCGAAAUUCGCUCGAGACAGAUACGAAGCUCAUUUGUUGGAAGCCUCCGAGCCGGGUACACCGGUUUUGAAGGUGACCGCGACGGAUCUCGACGAAGGUGCUAACUCGGCUAUCAAGUAUUCCCUAUUGAAUUCCACGUGGUUCAUCAUCGACGAAACAUCCGGUCUAAUAUCGACCCAAACUCAUGUGGAUUGCGAGGCCGAUCCCGCCCCGAUUCUGGUCGUGGUCGCGACAGACUCGGGUCGCCCUCCUUUGAGCAGUAGCGCGACAGUGCGUGUCACGGUGCACGAUCUCAACGACAACGAGCCCAUCUUCGAGAAACCGCUGUACAACGCGACUGUACCGGAGGAUAUGCCCGUUGGACGCUGUUUCCUCAAGGUAAGAGAGCUCGUCAAUUAUCUUCGAACCAUCCGUUCGUUUGCUGUGUGUCGCAUCGCGUUGCGUAAUCUCUCUUUCCCGGGUAACGUCUCGAGAGAUUGACGUUCGCGUCGAUGUUCGACAGAUAAAGCUUCUUCCAAUUGAUCCGUCAUCGUCGAGGACGAUCGACGCGAGAUACGAGGCGCGAAUUAAUAGCGCGAACGAAUCUUCUCCCGGAUUCGCGUGUUUCGAUCUUCUUGCAACGAGUCGGUUUCAAUGUAUCGCGUAAAACUCUGUCCAUGUUGUAAAAAGGUUCCCGGUAAAUGCGCGUGAGCCGGCCGAAAGGGCAGCGGCGCCUGGGACCGGUCGCGCCGCAAGCCACGUAUCCACGUUACGCUGGGAAACUCGUAAUUGGUACCGCCGUUCCAAACGUUUUCUCCAUCGCGCCAUACUUCUGUCAAUUAGCAGUGCCGCGUCUUAUAUAUGGUGGAAAAUAUUCUCGAGUAUAAUACGGUAUACGUAAUAUACAUAUUCGAUAGACGGACGGAUUCCUCGUUCGAUCCUCGCGUUGCUCGAUGUUGGCGCGAACGUGAUCGACGGCGUUGAUUCCAUGAUUUCAAUGUCGUGGUGUCGGACGACGGUGCGGAGACGAAAUAAAUCGGAACGCGUUAAUUCGCAUUCGAUGCGCGUACUACACCGUUUGCCACUGUGCGAACCAAUCGAGGAAUAAUCGCGGACGUAAAGUAAGAAGAGAUGAAUGAGAAAGGGAUUGGAAUAUCGAGAAGCGGAGUCGGUGGCCUCCGCUCGAAAAUCGCGUUGCUCGUUGCUCGUCGCUUGUGUACGCGUGCCGGAGACGCGUUCCGUUCGCGCGGGAAAAUCUGGUAGCGUUUUUUUUUUUUCGUGAUGGCUCUUGCGAUGUUCUUCCUCGAAGCGAUGUAAAACAAGAGAACAAGUUGCUCUCGACAUCGAAUUUGUAUGGCGUGUGUAAGUAUUCCUCUGCCAAUCCGAUAGAACCCGAUCACCUCCCCCCUCCCCCCCCUCCUCCCAUAUGUAACACGGGAUUACAAAAAAGCAAAGAAACGAUAUCUAUUCGUUCGUCGCGCAAGUCAAUCGAUUCGAGGUGUCGCGCGUUCCUGAAAUUUGAGACAAACCGCACAAGAAAUUACGCGCUCGUGCGAACGCGAGCGUGAAAGACUUUAUCUGGUGACCUCUUUGAAGAAUGAUCGUUUUAAGCUUCGCGAAAUAAUCAUCGAAAAUAUACGCUAUGCGCUAAUAUCGUUGGGCACUCGUUUGCGCGAGAUAGUAAAGUCGUUACGCGAUUUUUAUUCAACGAAUCUCUUUUUCCCAUUUCGCAACGAAACUUCUUCCCCAGUCGCAUUUACUUGGCAUGUACUUAUGUAGCAAUAUAUUUAUACGUUAUACGAUAUUACGUUACGUUGCGGUAAUUUAGUUAUAACUUUUUUCUUUUUUCUUCGAUCCGUAUAUUUUUUGAAUCUGUAUCGAAACGACGGAUAAAACGAAACGAUGUUCGAGCUGAUGUGUACAUCGAAUGUUGAAUGUCGAAUGUCGAUGGAAAUAUCGAGAGGAACGAAACGAGUAUAUUUUUCAAUUGGGUGGUAGGCGGCCGAACGAACAUGGAGACGGAUACCGCGUGCGCGUACCGCGACCCGAUCUUAACGAUUGCCUCCCUCCCCCCCCCCCUUCAACUUUCGUACGAUAUAUAUUUUAUCGGCGUUUCGUUGCCUAGUUCAAUGAUGAUUUAUAAUUGUUGGUCGCUCGGCUGUAAUUAUUAUAAUUACAGAUUUUUCGUCGGCCUCUCCCAUCCGUCGGUUUCUCGAACCCGAACCGGCCGCUUCUUUUCGCUCCAUCCCCUUUCGUUCUCCGGCUCCACCCCUUUGAUUCUUCGCCUUCUUUUCUCCUCCUUCCUUCUUCCCGCAACCUCGCGUGUCUCUCCUCUCCUCUCCUCUCUUCUUCUCUCC